GUUCAGUCGCGUCGGUCGCGCGAGCUCAAUCCCGCCAAUGCGGGUCAUAGAAGUUGAAGCUCCCAGCCUCCCAAAUUGAACCCCCCUUCUUGACUUUUGCGACCAGACCAAACACAACACUUCCUUUGUACGAAGUACUUUCAAGCAUCGUUUUGAUACCGCUUUCCCUUUCGGCAAUUCUAUUUGCGCCAGCAUCGGACCCUAUCUACCUAUCUAUCGCAAAGCAUCUCGAGCUCCUUGUCGGCCUUUCCAGUCCCUGUGCACUCCCUUUUCGGUUCCUUACUCCGCCGUCGGAUCACGCCAAUCCCUUCGCGCAUAGCUUUCUACAUCUCCCAAUCCGCCCAUUGGAGCAACCCCAGCCAGCAAUAUGCCCCCGAAAAGCGCCAAGCAACGAGUCUCGGGCGGCGCAGCGGCAGCUUCACCACGAGGUCGCGGGCGACCACCAGCGGCAGCAGCGGCGGCGGCGGCGACAGCAGCGAUGAGGCCAAGACACAGUAACGUACAACCAGGCGACCCCGUCCCACAACCCAAAAAGCGCCGCUACCGCCCCGGCACCGUCGCGCUCAAAGAAAUCCGCCGCUACCAAGCCAACACCGACCUCCUCAUGUCCAAGCUCCCCUUCUCCCGCCUGGUCCGCGAGAUCGCCCUCCAAUACCAGCCCUCGGCCGAGGAGCUGCGCUGGCAGUCGCAGGCGAUCCUGGCGCUGCAGGAGUCGGCCGAGGCGUUCCUGGUGCACCUCUUCGAGGACACCAACCUGUGCGCCAUCCACGCCAAGCGCGUCACCAUCAUGCAGAAGGACAUCCAGCUCGCCCGCAGGAUACGCGGCGUCUGGGGCGGCGCGGGGUGGGUGUAGCAUGGCGCAUGGCGUAUGUGGGG